UAGAUGCUCAGUGCUGCAAAGCAAUUAAGAUUAAAAAAAAAAGGAAAAUAAAAGUCUUGACACAAAAAAUAGGAGAAUUUAUAAGGGAAGAUUAACUGAACCACCACAGGAGCUGUCCAGGACACCAGGUAGCUCUUACAAAAGAAAUCCCACAGCCAGUUCCGUGAAUUAGCCUUGAAAUAGUAACACUAGGACCCUCACUAAGUCUUAGUUUGAAAUUCAGUACUGAUUUACAGAAAGAAACACUACAUCCUGGCAAUCUGCAUAAUCUUAGUUUUCAACUACAAUUUUAAUACAAACUUUUACAGAGGAUUUAUCCCAGUACUCAUUUCUCUUCACUUGGAAGAGACAGUAGUAUGCAACAGUGCUCUUCAAGAAUCACAACUUCUUAGGAACAAGUUGUGGGUGAAAUGUUACUAUCUGAGUCAAGGGAAAAACUCAUUUGCAUUUCUCAGUGCCAGUCCUAGUUGAGUGUAUGUUGGAGAACAAUAUCCAUCUGCAAACAGGAAAGAAGCUUUGACGUCUGGAUUUCCUACUCACAUGAUACUCAGAGUCAUACAGGUCAAACUGUCAGCUCCAGAAAUGUAGCUAAAGUUCAGUGAAACAAUUCUCUCUGUAAAAUACUAUCCUUUUACUCAGACUACCCUGAAUACAUAAAAGUAGCAGCUGUAAGCGAGUUUUUUCAUUCAGACUCAAAAUAGCAAAUUCUCUUUUCAUGGAACCAUAGAAUCAGUUGGUUUGGAAGGGACCCUAAAGGCCAUCUACUUCCAACCCCCAGCCAUGGGCAGGGACGCUUCCAACUUGUUCAGGCUGCUCAGAGCCCCAUCCAACCUGGCCUUGAAUAUUUUUGGGGACAGGGCAUCCACAGCUUCUCUGGGCAGCACAUUGCAGAGCUUCAACACCCCUUAAUGAAAAAAUUCACCAUAUCUUCCUCAUAUCUAAUCAAAAUUUACCCUCUUCAAGCCUAAAGCCCCUUGCCCUAUAACUACAUGUCCUUGUAAAAGAUCUUUCCCUUCUAGGCCCCCGUUUAGGCUGUGGAAGGAUGCUACACCAUCUCCUCAGAUCCUUUUCUUCAGGGUGAACAAAUGCAACUCUCCUCUAGAAAGCUUAUACAGUUGCAGAACUUUGAACAGACCUCAGGCCUCUAGAUCUGUCAUUCCAGGCUUACUUGUUACUUUACCAGACAGAAAGUUUAUGUAACUGAGGAAACAGAGAAUUUUGCAUUCAGUCUGCACGUUGCCCAUGUGUCUGGGUGUUGGUUCAGCUAGGACAUAAGUAACAGAAUUAUAGAAGUCAGAACACCAACAGCUGAACUGUGGCACAGCAGAGCUGUGUUGAGAGUCACAUCAGAGAAUAACAUGCAAGCAAGAUUUGUCUUUCACUUUCCUGUUAUAGUCACUAGACAGCAAUGCUGCCCACCAUUCACUACAGACACAAACCAGUGAGGUAUACAAUUGAUUCGUAUUACUCUGUCUGAAGUACUGCUUUAAGACUCAGUGAUACAGCUCCAUGGGUAGAUCUCCUUUUCAAAAAAUAUCUAGAUUUCAGAUCAUAGAUCCCCAGACUGAAUAUACACGCAGGGAAUCUUAGAAAUGACAGACUGUGUCCAUGAUACCUUUUAAAGUAUACAAGAUAGACAGAAACCAUUUAAACCAGUUUUUGGUUUGUGCUGUGACUCUUGAGUUAAUAACAUUUGCUCUAUACAAAGAUUUCGGAAACCAUGAACUUUUCCCUCCAACCCAGCCGAAGUUCAUCUACAAAUAUCCUCCUCCCUAUUGGCUCAGCAGCAGUACCCCUCCCCUCCACCAUCAAUGCUCUCGGAUGUAUUCCCACCCACAGUCUCUCAUAUAAGGCCUGGUUGGAAACCAGUUUCUUAAUUUCUGCUUUUUGGCCAGGGCUUGGCUGUAACUCCUUUCCGCAGUCCAGCAAUGCCUGUGGAUUUCAAUGGAACCUGGAACCUUGUCAGCAAUGACAACUUCGAAGGCUACAUGACAGCUUUAGGUAUUGACUUUGCAACACGCAAGAUAGCAAAGAUGCUGAAGCCCCAGAAAGUGAUCAAACAGGAUGGCAAUUCAUUUUCUAUCCAUACCACAAGCACAUUCAGAGACUAUAUGCUCCAAUUCAAAAUUGGUGAAGAGUUUGAGGAAGACAAUAAAGGCCUGGAUAACAGGAAAUGUAAGAGCCUGGUUACCUGGGACAAUGACAAACUUAUCUGUGUCCAGACUGGGGAGAAGAAGAACAGGGGCUGGACUCACUGGCUUGAAGGAGAUGACCUGCAUUUGGAGCUUCGUUGUGAGAAUCAAAUAUGUAAGCAAGUAUUCAAGAGAGCUUAAAAAUGAGCAUUGGUUUCAACAUGGGAAGACAGCUACAUACAGGAGGCCAUGCAUUCUCACAUCCAGUGAUAACUGGAAAGAUAAGAUCUGAUUCCUUUCUACCUAAAAGAGCUGAUGUUUCUGGCUUGGGAAACAUUAUUUGUUGUUAGCAGUGUUAAAAAUCUAAUUUUUGCUAAUAAACACCCAAAACCAUCUUAUGUAUCCGUCUUCUGAAUGUGUUUUGGAGAGGGGAAAAAAAACCAAAUCCUAAGUGAUAUGGUGUUUUGUAGUUAACUAGUCACCUAGAACAAAACAAGAACCGCUCCCACUUCUAUAAGGGCACGACAAGAUCAAACAAAAUAGAAAGGAGAGCUUAAACUUGUGUAAGUCCAGGAAUGGCAAAAAGUUAAGAUUACAACCAAGGAUAUAACUUUACUAUUAAAAAUGGUUCUCUUUAAGAUACAGACUCGUACUUCGGGAGCAGUUAGCUGCUUGCUUCUAUCUCAAAUCAGUAAUGUGAAGUCUUGCUUUGUUUUCAAAACAACGAAG